AUGCCCCCCUAUAAGGCAAACAAGGAUACAGUGCGUGUCUGGGGUAAACGUCCGCGAGAUGAUGGAAAACAACACAAUGAGAAUGGCGGCAAUGCUUUUGUGCGCUUUAGUGAACUAUCCCCGAAGGAAAAGUUACAACAGCGGAAGAUGGAGCGAAUAGAAAAGAAGGAAAGGGACCGUAGAAUGUCUUACUUUAUGUCCGUUCAGCGGGUCAUCGAGGAAUGCGCGAAUAGUGGCGGCGAUGCCUCAGUAUCCAUUGGGAUUGUCGAUGGUUUUUUUGUAGAAUUGAUGAAACUUCUCAAAGCGGAUCGCAGUUUCUAUAUAUUGCGUAAUGGUAAAAUAUGUCGCGUCAUUGAAGCAGCGCUGAAAAAUUCACCUCUGUUGCACUGCAAGUCACUCCUGUUUGUCUUUCUGGGGCACAUCGUAGAACUAAUCACCUCCCCUGUCGCUAGCUACAUGUUAGAAACCUUGUUUGCCAGCGUGUCGAGAGCGCUCAGUAAUUUAGAGGAUCAAGGGGCGCUGGCAUCUGAGAUGCUAAUGGGGGGCCCUGGUAUGCACGCGGAAAGUGGUGUACCCAGCACAGCUACUUUAUUGCACUCCGUAAUCGAGGAGUUAUGCGAGUCUUCGGAGGAUAUGCUGGUCCAUGAGGUAGGAUCCCGUGCGUUGCGCUCAAUAAUACUUGUAUUGGGAGGCCUUACCAUUCGUAAUGAACCGCCGGCGGUUCAUCCGGUCUGUUUCACCGAUAACCUGGGGGUACUGGCUACCGCUCUCAUUUCAGCGUUGGAAAAGGGUUAUUGCCGUGAGUACGGUACUCCGGGGCCAGCCGAGGCGUGGAUGGCGGCAGCGCGGGACAAUACCUGCAGUUUUGUGGUUCAAAGCCUUCUGCGGGUGAGCGAAGAGGGCAGUCCAACAGACUUGGCGGUGCGCCAGCGCCUUGAGGGACUCUGGUUCAACUCCAAACCCCUCUUGCAGGUGUUCCUACUUGAUUCCAUAGGCGUUCACAUAUUUCAGGCUUAUCUGAAAGUUCCCACACCAGAGGCAGUUCUAAACGCGGGUGAUCAACUCUCCCUUUAUCAGCACGCCAGGUUAUCAUCGCCUGUAGGCAGUCUAGUUAGCGGCACUGCUACGAAGCAGCAGUGUUUACAUUCUGUCGAUGUAAAAGAUGGUGACGAACCUAGCCAAGGUGGUCCAUAUGGCAAGAAGGCAGAAGUGUGGUCCAAAAAGCAGCUCUUGGAAGAGUGCUGUUGGGGAAAGGCAAUGCGACUAAUACAGGGUGAAUUGAGCCAAUUGCUUGACACCGCUAGUGAGCGUGUCGCGCAAACUGGCUAUGUGUUGCAGGAUCUGACCCUUUACAGUCCCACCGCAGCGCAUCUCCAACUGUUAUGGGAAGAGGUUAUACAACCAUAUCUUUCACACUUAACCAAAAUUCACAGCUUAGGUGGUGUACUAACAACACUAUUGAAGAAAUGCGCCUUUAGUGGGCUAGUGGUUGCGCCAAAAGAGGGUAAGAGUGAGUCAAACAGCACCACCACUCCUUAUGAUCUAAGUACAGUUCUCCGAGAGGACGAAAGCAAGGGUGUGCGUUAUUUUAGUGUUCCGUUGAGCUUCGAACAGCUUGUGGCUAAAGAAUUGUGCAUGCUGUUCAAAAGUGAAGUGCCGAAAGGAGCAGCACAAUACCUUUUAGUUGAACGACGCCUAGGAGAACAAAGCUAUGAACUUGCACGAUACAUUUUGCACUUACGCUCUCCUGCGUCCAUCUUGCUACGCCAGGGCAUAGAUAAACUGCGCUUGGAGGAUGUCCUGAACCUCUGCAAGCAUCACAAAGGAAGUUUAGUGUUGCAACAAUACCUUCGUGCGAGCAGUAGUGCACAGUCCUUCAUCAAGCCCCAUGUUCCACGAAAUCAAGGUAAUGGUGUUAAUUCUGUAAGUGGACACAUAGAGAGCAAGCCUGAGGUUGAUAGUGCUGAAAAGGGUGAGGUGGUGCGCUUUUUUAGGCGGAUUCAAUCCCACAUAGAAGACCUGGUAGGCGAUAAAUAUGCUACAUUUGUGGUCGAAAUGCUUUAUGAGGUAGCCAGUAUAGGACUCAAGGAGUCUAUAGUCAAAGCCCUUAUCCCCAUUCACGAAGCUCUAAAACCUUCUUUUAACUCAGAAACACAAGGAAAUGAAUUAUCCAAGGAUGCAACUUCUCAAAGUUUCAUAUCACGCAAAGUGCUACACAAGUGUUGCGUAGAACAGUAUAUAUAUCGUCAGGAGGACUGGAGAAAAACGGCGCAGCUUCAAUGCCGAGUGCAGCGACUACUGCAAAGCAUUGUUUUGGACGGAUGA